AUGGAUGAAGCCGUCACGCAUUAUAUAAAUUCCCACCCAGCUGAUGAGGCAGUGCAUGUGGAUGGAAAUGCUUUGGCACUUGCAUUGGUACAGGAUGAUGGUGGCAGCAGGGUGUCCAUCAUGCAUUCUCAAUCCUACUCCUCUUCACUCUGCAGCAGGCAGGUUACUCUGUCUGAUCAAGUGGGAGAUGGUCAGUGGAGUGAGGAGCUGGUGGAUCCAGAUGGCAGGAUCGGAAGGCUGGCUGCCCUCAUGGCUCAUUUCCAGGCCCAGCAAUCUAAGGGGCCACCACAGCUACACCAUAAGGUACAGGCAGUGAGGGGCGAUGUGGAUACGUCUAUCAUGCUUGAUAACUCCAUAAGGCUAUUCCAUGGCCAACCUAUGGAUCACUCUCCAGACCCAAUGGUAGUGGAAGUUCCUCAGUUGCCUCCACUACCACCUCUGCAGGAGAUGAAGCGGUGCCAGGACAACGACUGGUUCAAUAAUAAGGCCAAAUCAUCACUUAAAGAUGAUUCAUCGAUGAUAGAUUCCGAUGGCCCGGUGUUAGAGUUAGGCGCAGGCGCAUCACCGGGUCAUCACAAACACCAGAGCAAGAAAAGUCUUCCACAUAAAAAGAGAAUUUCUAGGAAACUGAAGAAAAAUAAUGGCAACUGUACGCCCCAGCAGGAUCUGGUGGUGAUCAGCUGCACAGACGUGGAAGGUCGCAUCAGUUGCGCGGACCACAGCCAGGAACAAGAGAUACUGCCCGACACCUUCGUGCCACAGGACCAUAUCCCGGAGGAAACACAUCAUAUUACGCAUGAGGUUCGUCCAAUAUUUAUCUGUCAGCUGUGUGGCGAGUUCUACGGCGACGAGCAACUGAAGUUCUACCAACAUCUGAAGCAGCACUACGAACCUCACAUCAUUAUUGAUAACCCAGUACCUGAUCUAGGAAUUGAUAAGAUAACAAACUCAUGCAUCGUAGACAACGUGACCACAAUCCCUGACUCCAUAGUAGAACUAUCUCUAGAAAAUUCCAUACCAAAAACUAUGUACCAGCCCAUGGACAAACAAGUGCUUUACACGACAAGCGAUAAGACGUUCACAUACAGUAACAAUAAGGUGCAAUAUUCUAUGGCAAGUAUGGACAAGGACCAGCCGAGUGUGGUACAAGAAGUUGAGAAGGCAGACUUGAAUGAAACUUUGAAUAUACUAAACCUGUACACUUGUGGCAAGUGUAACAAGGCGUUCAGGAAAGAGAAACAGUGUGAAGCACACAUUAAGGAGGCACAUUCUAAUAUGAAGUUGGAGGACAUGGGUGAGUUCAGUGAGCCGGAGGACUUGAUGGAAGGAAUCCACGUGGCCGUGGAGGAACACAACGAGCACUACGACCACCCCCUCCUGCCACACCUCACCAUCGAGAACGGGUACGCUCACCAGGACAACGCCCGGCACUGGUACGGGCGCAAUACAAACGGGCCGGGCUCUAGUUCGGGGCCCCCGGUGACGAGCCAGGCCAGCAGCGCGGGGCCCAGCGGCGGGGGCCCGGGGCCCGGCGACGGGGCCCCCGCCUGCUGUACUACUUGUACUACUGCUCCACAGGACACACAGAAUGUCAAGAUGAUCAAAGACGAAAUACUACGACGGAUUUUAGAAUCGGAAGUAGCGAGUCCAAACUUCCCGAACCAUAUAAUGGGGGCCGCGAGCGAGGCACCCGCGACCGACGCGGCGGAGCCCGAGCCGCCCGGGCCGGGGCCGCCGCCCGGGCCGGGCCCGCCGCCCCCCACCGAGGACAAGGCGCAGCCCGACACUAAGAAGAAACAGAAGAUCUUUGAGUGCCAGCAGUGCCAGCGAGUGUUCCAGCACAGGAACAGUUUGUUAUACCACGUGCUCUCCCACAGUGGGAAGCAACAUGUCUGCCGCGAGUGCGGGAAGGGAUUCUAUACUAUGGGCGCGCUCAAGAUCCACAAGCGUGUCCACAACGGCGACCGUCCGUACAAGUGUGAGAUAUGUGGCCGCGACUUCCGACAGUGGAGCGACCUCAAGUACCACAAGGUCUCCAUACAUUCCGACCAGAAAUCGUUCAAAUGUGAGUUCUGCGGGAAAGAGUUUGCUCGCAAGUACUCACUGAACGUGCACCGGCGCAUCCACACCGGCGAGCGCAACUACCCGUGCCAGUACUGCAACAAGACCUUCAGCGCCUCCUCCUACAGGCUCUCGCACAUGCGCACCCACACGGGGGACCGCCCCCACCAGUGCAGCACCUGCGGCAAGGCCUUCCGCGUCCGCGGGGACCUGCGCCGCCAUCUCGCCACCCACGACCGGCGCCCGCCCGACAAGCCCCGCCCUGCUAAGCGAGACGAACACGUCGAAGAAGACAUGAAACUUGAAGUCUCCAAAAACAUUAAAAAAAUCGCCCUUGCCUCCACCGCCAAAUCCUCCAUCGUUCUCAAGACCGCCGAGAAGAAACCGAAACCUAGUAAAAAGAACCAGAGCGCCAAGAAGGGCGCGCCCAACGUGACCAUAGACCAGCUCGACGACAGUUACACCAACAACGUCGAGGUCUGCGACACCAGGCAGCCCGCUCACAACGACAAGUACAAGGGCCAGUCGGCCGGGUACAAGCACGACGCCGGCUACAAGCACGACGCCGGCUACAAGCAGGGGCCCGGGCUCAAGCAGGAACACCAGCAGGAGAGCUCGUUGGCCGUCCUGCGGCCCAUGUACAGGUACAGCCUGGUGGAGCCCGCGCCCGAGGCGGCGCCCUACCGCGCCAACACGGACGGCAAGAUGCAGGUGUACACGCACGUGGACAAGGCGGCGCUGGCCGACCUGCGCGAGCGCCCCGACCUGCCCGGCGAGACGGCCGAGAACGAGUUCAUCGAGCGCCUCACCGCGCUCUACAACAUCCCCGCUGUAUGA